AUGACUUCAAGAUAUCCAUUGUUACAGUGUGGGCUUAGCAGAGAUGACAUGAUUGCCGAAGCAGCGGCUCUGCUCUGCGAGGUCGACUCGAGUCGCGUGGAGGACAUCUUCCCGUGCACGCCAUGGCAACAAGAAUGUCUAUCAUCCGUGGACAAUUCGAACGACAGUUGCCUGUGCCGAUAUGAGUGGGAACUUCAGAGAAAGGUCGACAAAUUACGAUUUCAAGACGCCGUCGAGGCAGUAAUUGAGUCGACACCAAUGCUGCGGACGCGAGUCGUACAACUCCCUGGCUGCGGCCUCGUGAAUGUUGUAAUCCGACAGACGGUUCCGUGGGAAACGAAGAGAUCUCUUGAAGAGUGUCUCAUCGCUGACGAGCUUGUCGUUGCUGCGGAGCAUACGGGGGUGCCGUUGAGCCGAUGUGGUCUCGUGGAACAAGGCGGAGAUGGCGUUGGCUACUUCGUCUGGGCGCUGCAUCCCGCCAUACAUGACGAUUACUCAUUGACUCUAUAUCUUAGCGAAAUAGAACAAAGAUACUCUGGUUUGGAACAUGCUCGUCUUUUGCCGUUUCGGCUGUACGAGGACUUUGUCCAAACUGUCGAUGAGUGUCGAGCCAAGGAAUUCUGGGAAGCGCAAUUGCGCGGAUCCAAGGCUGUUGCAUUUCCAAGUGUGCCGGGCACUAGUCCCUGCUCUCGCGCGAAAAAGUCUCUGCAAAACUCCAUCGCCGGUCCGCUAGAACUGGGCGAGUGUGACAGCACCGCGGCCGCAACGAUUUCGAUGGCGUGGACAAUUUUGGCUGCACGCUAUACAGAUUCAGACGAGCCGGCCCAACUACAUCCACGAUCCCCGUUCGGGCAACCAUAA